UUAAUUUUUAUAUGGUGUUUUCUUUCUCUGCCUCGCGUUAUCUUCAACCAAAGCCUGCAACCCCCAAAAUUUUAUACGAACCCUCUUUCUCUUUCUAUCUCUCAGCUCAGAAAUUCUAAUUCGUCUUCAACCAAAACCCUUAAAUUCAACAGCUUCUCCCAGUUUCUUGCAGAUCUGCCGCUCAAAAAUUUUUGCAUUUUCUUUUUUUUUCACUUUCAGCCUGUCAAAUUCUAGGGUUUUCUGUGUAGCAGAUCUGGCGUCUGUUGGUCCUAGAAAUGGGGAAUGAACUAUUUGAUUACCUUUAUAGAGUUUGAUUUGUUUAAUUUUUGUAGACGCCAUGGCUGCUUUGCAGAGAGUAGCUCAGUCGAGUAUCAGCACGACAGCAAGUAGCUACGGGUCUUGUAAAGGUGCCGGGGUUACUACUACUACUACUAAUACGAGUACUAAAACUGCUACCUCUUCUUCUGCUGCUGUUGCUUCAGAGAUGGUGGUCUCCGAUAAGUUUCCGGUGGGUUUGAGGGUUCUGGUUGUCGACGAUGAUACCACUUGCUUGACGAUUCUUGAGAAGAUGCUUCGUCGUUGUCUAUACCAUGUUACCACUUGCUUCCAGGCUACUGCUGCUUUGAAAUUGCUAAGAGAGAGGAAAGGUUGUUUUGAUGUGGUAUUGAGUGAUGUUUACAUGCCAGAUAUGGAUGGGUAUAAACUCCUUGAACAUGUUGGCUUGGAAAUGGAUCUUCCUGUUAUCAUGAUGUCAGCUGAUGGGAGUACAAGUGCUGUGAUGAGGGGAAUUAGACAUGGAGCCUGCGAUUAUUUGAUUAAGCCUAUACGUGAGGAAGAGCUGAAGAAUAUAUGGCAGCAUGUUGUUCGGAAAAAGUGGAAUGAAAAUAAGGAACUUGAAAAUUCAGGGAGCUUGGAAGAUAAUGAUCGGCAUAAACAGGUAAAUGAUGACGCUGAGUAUACUUCCUCUGUAAAUGAAGGGACAGAAGGAUCAUUGAAAUGUCAGAAAAAGAGGAGCAAUUCAAAGGAAGAAGAUGAUGGGGAGCUGGAAAAUGACGAUCCUUCCUCAUCAAAGAAACCGCGAGUAGUUUGGUCAGUUGAACUCCAUCAACAGUUUGUCAGUGCUGUCAACCAACUUGGUCUUGAUAAGGCUGUACCAAAGAGAAUUCUUGAAUUGAUGAAUGUACCAGGUUUAACUAGAGAAAAUGUUGCAAGUCACUUGCAGAAGUUUAGGUUGUAUUUGAAGAGAAUAAGUGGAGUAGCUCAACAACAAACUGGGAUUUCAAGUGCCUUCUGUGGUUCUGUAGAACCAAAUGUCAAAUUGGGUUCUCUUGGUAGAUUUGACAUUCAAGCUUUGGCUGCCUCUGGUCAAAUUCCUCCACAAACACUAGCUGCCUUGCAUGCUGAGCUUUUAGGUCGACCUACAGGGAACCUAGUUCCAGCAUUGGACCAGCCUACUCUUUUACAUGCAACACUGCAGGGGCCUAAACGUGGCCCUGUUGAACAUAGUGUGCCAUUUGGCCAGCCUUUGGUAAAAUGCCAAACCAACAUUUCAAAACAUUUUCCACCAUCCAUUUUGCCAGUUGAGGAUGUUUCUUCAGGAUUUGGAGCAUGGCCAUCCAACAGCCUUGGAACAGUAGGAUCCAGUAUCAAUCUUGGAGGGUUAAGUACUCAGAAUAGUAAUACAUUGAUGGAUAUAUUGCAACAGCAGCAGCAAAAACAAUUACAAACGCAGCAGCUGUCUGUACUAUCAGAGUCAAGCCGCUCGAUUAAUGUGCAACCAUCUUGUCUUGUGGUUCCUCAGACAUCGCCUGGUUUCCAGCUAGGAAAUAGUCCGGCUUCAGUCAAUCAGAAUUGCAGCUUUAACAGGAAUACUGUUAUUGACUACAGUAUUCUCUCAUCGCAAUCCAGCGAUAGCGCAGUGAAUGUUGGACAAAUCUCAAAUGGAGAUAUUAAAGCUACAGGCAUUCUAUCUGGGUAUUCAACCCCUGCUUCCUGCUCUAGCCUAUCAUCUUGCUCAUUAAAUGCUACCACUAGCGCCACUCACCAAAGCUCAACGGUAACCUUUGGUGAUGCUAGGCGAUUCCCGGGGCUUGUUUCUAAUACAUCGAAUAUCCAAGGUUCCUAUGAUGCAAAACCAGGUGAAGUGCUUGAUCAAGGCCCUCUCAAAAAUCUUGGAUUUGUUGGUAAAGGGACUUGCAUUCCUAGCCGUUUUGCUGUGGAUGAAUUUGAAUCAUCACCAAGCAACAUGAACCAAGGAAAAGUCAACUUGGAGAAAAAUGGAAAUACUGUGAAGCAGGAACCAAAUAUGGAUUUCCUGGAUAAUGCAAAAAUUGGCGUCCCAAUAUUACGGCAAUAUUCUUCAAAUGAGCUCAUGAGUGUUUUCACAGAAUAGGUAACUUGCAGGCUUUUGUUGUGUGGUUAGCACAAGUCUUGAUUCCCAUGGGGCGUGCAGAUCGAUUCAGAUUAUUAAGUAGAGAUUGCAGUUGAAGUCUAUUUUUAUGACCGAUCUAAUUCAAGUCCAGUGUCUGCUCCAGGCUCAGGUGUACUGCAGAGCCUUUCAUUAUCUGAGACCCACUGCAGAGCUUCUUAUGAAAAAUGUAUGCAUUAAGUUAUGACAAGUUCCUGGGCUGGUUUAGUUGAAGUUAUUAUUACCUUUUAUUUAGUCAGUAGGAAAAAAUAAACUGUGUGAGACUCCCAACGGUUGGAAUUGAUUGUCCAAUAUGGUGGGCAUCUUGCUCGCAUAAUUGUAGUUAAUUUGGCUGUAGUGAUAUUGAAUAUGGUUCAUCUACUAUCGCACGUUGAAUCAUGAAGCUGUAAUAUAUUUAUUUUUAUAACAUUGUCCAUUUACACGCA